AUGGAUAAAGCCGAGAAGAAGAAAAUACAGAAAAAUUGGAGUUAUCUUAAAGAAAACAUUGAUAUAGAAAGUACAACCUUUCUUGAUACGUUAUUUGAAUCUGAUAUUUCUCAGGAUGAUUUUGAAAGAGUUAAGGCCGAAUGUACGAGUGGCGAUAAAAUUGAUAGGUGCCUGCGCAUACUGUACACAAAGACAAAUGGUUACAGUGGGUUAUGCCGUGCGUUAGAAUCCAGUCACCAUGAUUUUGUACUGGAAACUCUCCAGAAAACUGUAAUAAACUUAAAAGAAAUAGAAGAAGAGGAACAGAAGACUAUUGACACUCUAAAGGAAAUUUUGCAUGAUUACUAUAGAGCAGACCAAACUUGCUUUGUGAUGAAGAAGGAUAUUGAAGAUGAUGUUCAUUACGAAUUCAGUCAACAACAGCAGUCCUCUGAUUGUGAUUCUUGGGACUAUAUAUACAGAACAUUGAAGGAAGAGUUUCCAGAUGUACAAUAUAAGCAAAAGAAAAGGAAGGAAAGGAUCUUUGGAAUUAAAAGAAAAAUAGAUUUUUCCAGUGACGAAGACAACUCAGUAUCUGACCCGGAAAAUGCAGAAAGAUUUGUUCGGAAUAUGAAUUUAAAAGACCAUACAGAUAAUGAAAGCCAAGGAAAAACGUCUACAAUCACAAAAUCAUUAAAGGAUAAAGACGUGCAUGGCCUUUGUAAUAUCUUGAAAGCCAGGUUUCUAGAAAAAGGAAUUGAAAAAUCCAUUUUAGAAACUUUUGUAAAAGAGGGCGUUAAUGGGGAAGUAUUUUGUACGCUUUCAAUUGAGGAUAUGCACUAUCUAUUUCCGAGAGAAAACUUCCCUAACUUUUCAUUUGGGCAAAGAAAACUCAUCAUUAACAUUCGUGAUGAAAUGGUCCGGGCAGAAAAUAAUGUACCUCUAUUUCCUGAUAACCAGCCGGAGGAAGAACAGUCAGGUAUGAAAGAUAUUGGUCAGGGGGCAGAAUACCCAACAGAUUAUGCGAUUUCAGACAAAUUUCGCGAAACGUUUCGAAAAUUUGGAUUUGCCGCCAAUGACAGAGACAAAUAUAUUUUUGAUUCUAUCCUUACAUCAGAAAACCAAAUCACCAACAGUCUUUUGGAAACGGUGCACAAUUUUAUGUAUGAAGAAAUGGCUGAAUCUUUAAUCCCAGGAUGGAUAGCUAGAACAUCCAUACCUUUUAUUGCUAGCUGUCUGAAUGAACGUAUAAAUGGUACCAUUCAUUUUGGAGUGAAGAUACUAUCCAAUGAAGGCCUAUUAAAAGGAAAUAUAAUCGGACUGUCUGCAAACAAACAAAAGAUAAAACGAUGUAUUUAUGAAGCUCUACGGAAUGCCUUCUUUGACGAUGAUUUUGAAAUUGUUAGUCGAUGUGUGCAACCUCCCCAAUUCAUCCCUGUUGUAGAUUAUGAGGAGGGUAAAACAGGAAAACGCUUUAUUAUUGAAAUAGACAUAAUUCCUAGUUCUACCCUCGUAGAAGAGACUGCAUUCUUUGUGAGAAAUCCAACCAUCUCCUCAACGAAAGUACCAAAAAGAUGUCUGUUUAGAUUUAAAAAAGGAACAGCCAUUCCAAUGAUUCUGUCAGAUGAACAAGAACAUUCAUUUAUGAAUACUAAGUCCAAAUUAUCCCAGGAACGCAGAAAUCAGGAAGAAAAUAGGAAUCAGUCAUCUUCAAAGACUCAAAACCUUCGCCAACAGUUUUUAAAUUUAUUUUCAGCUGGAAAUGACGUAUUACUUGAGGAAAUUUAUCCUAUUUUAUUUUUAAGUCCACUGGGCAGUGAUAUAGGAGAGGAAUUCACUGCAGAGAAUUUUGAAUUUCUAAAUGACAUCGAUCCCAGUGUUAUAUUUGAUUUUGACUCCUGUAGUGAAGGGAAGGGCAUGUUCCAUUUCGUUGAAGAUGAUCAAAAGAAGAUCUUUAAAGUCCUUACUACGGAUACAUUUGAUAAAAACAGUGAAGAAAACGUGGGUAAAGACACCUUAAACAAUGCCUUAGAAGACUUGAGAACAUCUGCUAUCAAGCCAUGGGUAUUCUGCAAUGGUUAUCAACCCAUUAGAAAAGACCCUUUCAAAAAAUUAGCAUGGAAACAAAGCAGAAGCAAUGGAUUUAAAGAGGCAGUUCGUUUUUUCUAUGGGGAAAUACCGGAAGAUCGUGCUAUUAUUGUAUUCCUCCUUUUUUCGAAAAACUAUGAUAUUAUGUUGGACGCUGCAGAUGAAGUUUUGUCUAAAUUUCCAGACCAAUGGCUUCUUCUUGCUACAAAUGAAUCAAUUGCCAAUAACUGGAAAGAAAAUUUAUUAGACAGAGAAAGUGUAGACAAAAAGACUUUGGACAAACGAUGCGUGAUAGGGAUGCCAUGGAAACAUGUAAAUGAAAUGAUAAAAAAGGUCAUGGGAACAAAAGAAAAAUCUGUAAGUGAAAUAGCAAUAUCAACUGGUGGAUGCUGCCCCCUGAAAGAAAAAACAAAGAAUGAACUAUUUGAUCUUGAAAUUUUGUGUGCUAAUGAGUGUGAUAACGAUCUCAGCGUCACAAAAGAAAAUGAAGAACAACACAGAAAGAUCGUUGAAGAGGCUUUCUUUAGAGGAGGUGUUGUGCAAUGGUGGAACCUCUGGUUCGAAGAGGAUCACGUUUUAAAGCGCCAUAUACACAAACGCUUGGUGGAGGAAAUUUGUAAUAUUUGUGAAGGGAAUGAAAUGGAUGAUGAAAGCAAAGUGAGUAUUGUUCGCUUAGUUCAUCAACCAGGUGCUGGUGGCACUACUUCUGCUAAACAAGUCUUAUGGGAACUUAGGGAAAAAUAUCGAUGUGCGGUAGCUCGUCGAAUUACUGAGCAGACCUGUGACCAAAUUGAAAAGUUCAGAUGCUAUGAAGAAUCAGAAAACCCCAAACCACCAAUUAUUUUCAUAGAUAACGAGGACGAGGAAAAAUUAACAAAUCUCUUUGCACGAUUAGAAAAUAGGGCGAGAAUCCUUUCCAGAAGAAGUGAAAUACCAUGCAAGGUGUUCUGUGUAUUUCUUCUUUGCUUUCGAUGUGCAAAUCUUCCAAAACAUUUGCUUGAUCAUACAUUUCAGUUACGUCAUGAGCUGAAUGAACAGGAGCUAAAAUGGUUUCGUAGUAAAAAUGAAAAGCUUGAAGAACAGUUUAAAACUAAAGGAGGCGUUAACCCAAUGUUACUUAUUUCAUUCAACAUGCUGAAAGAAAAUUUUAACAAAGAUUACAUAAAGAGAGCUGUGCAAGAAUUUGUGGAUGAUAUAAAAAACGAGCAAGAACAAGCUUUGCUUUGUUAUCUUUCUCUGAUGAAUACAUAUGACUUAGAUUUUCAGUCUGUGCCAAUCAGUGCUUUCGAUCCACUAAUGUCAAACUUUAAAAACAUUAGAAAUGUAGCUUUUGGUUCGGUUACUCAACAGAGACGAGGAUUUCGGGAAACAUCAUGGGAAGUCAAUCUCAAUCCUUCAUUGUUGGUGCUUGUAAAUAGAAGUGCAAGGGUGGAUUUCAGCAGUCAACUAAAAGGGUUUUGCAUCAUUAACCAAUUAUUUGCAAAAGAAAUAUUUACCUAUAUUUCAUCAAAGAAAGGUAUAACAACAAGUGCAAUGAUGAUGCAAUUUCUGGAUUCAGCACUUUUUAAAUCGUUUAACAGGUCGUACGAAGCUCUCAAAAAGAUGGUCAAAGAUAUUAUGAAGAAGCGUGAAUUGUUAUCUACGGGAAGAAAAGAAAACUUUUCAAAGCUUAUUAUGGAGGUUAUAAAUAAUGAGAGCGUAGACAAUGCUGCUAAAAUCUUGGAAAAGGGAUUCGACAUGUUCAAUGACGCAAUGAUUGCUCAGCAGAUAGCACGACUGUACAUGCAUGCUAAGAACUGGGAACAAGCUGAAAAGUAUGCAAAAAUUGCAACACAGAUGAAACCAGAAAACUCAUAUCUAUGGGAUACAUAUGGUCAGGUAUUUAAACGCCAGUUGACAGACAUGUAUUUGGAAACGUCCAAAGAAAUGACAGACUUGCAAGAGAAAGAUGCGUUUGAAGCAAUUCAGCUCGGUAUCAAAGCAAUAAAGAAUUUUAAUAAAGAACAAGAAAAAAGUGAAAAAGAACAUAGCCCAAAAUUAAAUGACGCUGGGUACUUCGCUGAGUUGCGCACGGUACUGAUAUUACUUGAAAUUCUGCAUUUUUGUCCCGAAACGAAUGUCCCUAGUGAUCUUAAAAGAUUUCUCAGUGACAGUCAUUUUAUACCAAAAAUUUUCGAGAAUUUGCCAUCAGAAGACUUAGAGAGCAUAAAAAGCUUUCAGUUUCGAACAAACGACGUUAUGCGAAUAAUUGAAGAGCAAAGUUCGCAAUUGAAGAGCGAUAUAAUGACCAAUGCAACUGUUUGUAAACCAGACUUUACACAACGAAAUUCUUUAGCAAACUUGAGGGAAAAUUUAGAUAACUAUUUUGGAGAGGAUUCUGACAAUAUUCCUGCAUCGUUAAAUGCUCAAGAAAGGGCAGAGUUUAUUCGACGAAGAGUUCGAAGACUUGUCGGGAAUACAUUAACAACAUUAUUAAGAAUGAAAUCAAAAGGAGAAGGACCAUCGAUACUAAAAAAGGUUGAAACUUUGCUGUUUGAAAACUGUAAAUCACCAUACUGCACAUUAACUGAUGUGAGAUUAUUGGUAGGUGUUUCUAUCGUGAGGAAUCUUUCCGAGGAAAACAGAGAUAAAGAAUAUAGAGAAUUGCUGCAGUGGAGUAAACGGGCCCUAGACAUGACUGGAAAAACAGAGGAGAGACCAUUUCUAGAGUUAUACAUGUUUCUAGUUUUGUUGCACUGGCCAACAUUUCAAAGAUACGAAAAAUUUGCAGACGAACUGUGUACAAUAAAACAGUUGCAAGAUGUCAUCAAAAAAUGGAAAAAUAUAUUUUUCCAGAUUUAUCCAAGGCAGCGUGAAGACACUUUUUUGCAUCGAGGAGAUACUACAUUUUUCUUCCUUGGGCGUGGAUCAGCAUUUAGCGAGAUAGUACACUACGAAGAUCUUCAUGAAAAAGGUGACUCUCGGUAUUUUCGAGGAGAUUCAGUAUGGAGAAAGCAAAAUGUUAGAGAUCGACUUCAAAGGGUGCAGGGGCAUUUAAAACCACAGGGUUUGGAAGUUAUAAUCGAUAUUAAGAGCCAACGAGGAAAUAUUGAAACGCUAGUGAUAACAACCUCUCUUCCUGUUGCACAGAGACAUCUGUGGAAUAAGAAGGUUUAUUUUUAUGUAGGAUUUAGUUGGUCUGGUCCCAAAGCUUUUGAUGUUUCUCUGGAGGAGACUCCUUCAUUGGAAACACCGAGGCAGAUUACGUCUCCCCCUGGAUCUUCAGUCAAAAGCAACAGUGGACAAAAAUAUCGUGAUGUCAGCAAGCAUGAAGACUAUCAAAAAAAGAUGCAAGAAUUCAAACAUCGCCUCGAAAAUGUUGAAACGCAAAAGAAAAAGAAAAACCUAACGAAGCAAAAAAAGAGAGAGUUGAUCAUGAAAGAGGACAAGAUCAAACAAGAAAGAGAAGAAUUAAUGAAGAGAAGAGAGGAGUUUCUCUCGGGGGCGCCUUCUACAUAG